UAUUAAAUACUUUGUAAACCGUUCUCCUUUUGUCUUUGUAUAACUGGUAGUGGUGAUGGGAACGCUUGUUGAUCAGAGUGAUGAUUAAUCAAAGUGGUGAUCGAAACGCUUGUUAAUCAAAGAGGGUCAUCCUAUAAUAAGCGAUGUGUUUUUUCGUUUUCGUUUUUUUAUCUUUACCUCAAUUUAGGCAAAAACACACACACACACACAUACACACACACACAGACACAAACAAACUAUGGAACACCAUUUCGAAGAACGCAGAAAUGAACUAUACAAUCUUUUCACUUCGUUUUGUGAAGGUAAAAACGUUUGGUUGGGAUGGGGGUGUGAAUUGACAAAAAGGAUGUGUGAGUAUGGGGGAAUACUGACAAUUUAUUUUUUGGGGGUGGCUGUAGAUUUUGCCCAACAUGCACCUUCUGAGAUAACCAGAAUGUUAAUCAAUAACGACUUUUUUUUUUCUGGCCUGGAGCCAUUGCCGGUAAACGAAGGCUAUCUUUGCUUGAGUUAUGACCAGUACAGGGCUCAAAUGAGCCAAGUACCUAUGCCGGUCCGUUUUGUGAACGUCGUUGACGAUGAGGAGGAUAAACUUUUGGUGUCUCCCCCUCAUCCUGCAGCUCCUUUCGUGGCUUUCCCCCUGUGGCUGAGGUUCUGCCUGUUCCCCCCCUCUGCUCCCCUUCCACGUGGCUCUGCUAUCACCACCGCCCAACCCUCCCCACCCUGACUUUUUCGCCCGUCAGCAUGAGGUUGGUGACCGUUAUCGACGUUUUUCUGGUGAAAUUGUUCACGCAAUCACCACCACCAGGAAUU